UUGUUUUAAUCGCCGUUUCCGGUCCUGCGAACUCUCGCCGCUGUUUGCGUAACGCGGCGUGACGCGGUAUUUAUCCUUGCACGCAGUACGGCGGCUGCGCUUCCUGCCUCGUGAGCCUCAUCUAUCCUGUCGGCGUUGAUACCGACCGGACCCGUUCCUGACAUCAACUUUUCUUGGGCGUCAACGAAGGCAGGAUGCUGAGCAAGGCACUGAUGAGGAGCUUGUUUCUGCCCCGGGGGGCGUUCGGCAAACAGGCGCUCAAGUACACGGGGAGAGCGCUGAGCGCGCAGCCCCGCGACCGCGAGAUCAUUAAAAGCAGGGAGCUGGAGAAGGAGGAGUUGCGCCCCCUCUACAUGGACUUCCAGGCCACCACACCUAUGGACCCUCGCGUUCUGGACGCGAUGCUUCCUUACCAGGUGAAUUACUACGGUAACCCCCAUUCGAGGACCCACGCGUACGGCUGGGAGAGCGAGAGCGCCAUGGAGAAGGCCCGGAAACAAGUAGCGGAUUUGAUUGGCGCCGAUCCCAGGGAGAUCAUCUUCACCAGUGGGGCCACCGAGUCCAACAACAUGUCAAUCAAGGGGGUUGCAAGGUUUUACAAGGCCAAGAAGAAACACAUCAUAACCACCCAGACAGAGCACAAGUGUGUCCUGGACUCGUGCCGAGUGCUGGAGGCCGAAGGAUUCGAGGUCACCUACCUUCCGGUGAAAAUAAACGGCUUGUUGGACCUGAAGCAACUGGAGGAAAGCAUACGACCGGAUACGAGUCUGGUCUCCGUGAUGACCGUCAACAAUGAAAUUGGAGUCAAACAGCCGGUCAAAGAAAUUGGUGAAAUCUGCCGCUCCAGGAAUGUGUUCUUCCACACAGACGCCGCCCAGGCGAUCGGAAAAAUUCCCAUUGAUGUUUCGGACUGGAAGGUUGACCUCAUGUCCAUCAGCGGACACAAAAUAUAUGGCCCUAAAGGUGUGGGGGCGUUGUAUGUGCGGCGCCGGCCCCGGGUUCGGCUGGAGCCCGUUCAGAGUGGCGGCGGUCAAGAAAGGGGGCUGCGCUCCGGCACGGUCCCCACGCCCUUGGCUGUCGGCCUGGGGGCUGCGUGUGAAAUCGCCCAGCAAGAGAUGGAGUAUGACCACAAGCGGGUGUCUGUGUUGGCAAAGCGUCUUGUAGAGAAGAUUACCUCCGAGCUUCCCGAUGUUGUGAUGAACGGCGAUCCUGAACAGAGGUACCCAGGGUGUAUAAACUUAUCUUUCGCCUACGUGGAAGGCGAGAGUCUGCUGAUGGCCUUGAAGGAUGUGGCUCUCUCUUCUGGCAGCGCCUGCACGUCGGCUUCUCUGGAGCCCUCCUACGUCCUGCGGGCCAUCGGCACAGAUGAGGACCUGGCGCACUCGUCCAUCAGAUUUGGCAUCGGGCGGUUUACCACGGAGGAGGAGGUGGACUACACAGCGGAGAAGUGCAUCCAGCAGGUCAAACGCCUCCGAGAAAUGAGCCCCCUGUGGGAGAUGGUGCAGGAGGGAAUCGAUCUGAAAAGCAUCAAAUGGACACAGCACUGAAAAGGCUCAGUCGGGGGCUGGGGGGUCUGCUGGGGUCGAAGCAUUUAAUAUUUUUAAUGCUACGUCCAAGUCUGCAUCUGGAAUACUCUCUCUAGAUGCAUUUCCCUGUAUGGGGGGAACAAAACACGCACAAACUUUUAAUUUGAGAAAUUGUAUAUUUUCUUCUUCUUUGUAUCAGAGAAAUGCAGUGCAUCAAUUAUGUACCGUAGGGCCUGUCCAUUAGCACCUUCACUGCCCCAUUUGCCCGUGUGGUUCUUAAGAGGUCAGUAAGAGUUUGAGCAGGAUUUGAAGAAUUCUCGCACACACUGAAAAACCCAAUCUGUUCAUGACAUCUGCAACCAGCAAGGGCCCAUUAAAAUGUCACUUGUUUAUACAACAUAUAUUUUAUAUAUUAAUAAUUUAAAAUUUUAUAGGUAUUGCAUGGAACAAAAUUGUUGACCACUUCAAUCCUCACUGUCCAAAAAAGAUAUGAUGAAAUUUAGGUAGGUGGAUGUAGAUGUUGACGUUCGGUAAAAAUUACAUCUGCAAUAAGUUGCUGUUUUCAAGGCUGAAAGAAAGGAUUCCCCAAGAUGAUGCAGCAUGAUGCCUAUUUAGCUGUAUCGAAAUGUAAAUUGCUGAAGUAGAGCUGGUAGAAAUGCGUACGGAGUUGUUCCUGUUACUCUGCCGGAUGCCAAGUGCUUACGUGCUGCAGUCGAAUGGCAUCAGUAGGCAAUAAUAAAACGGCACAUUGUUUUCUGUGAACAUUAAGUGUGUAGCAUAGUCUGAGCAUUUGUAUAAAUAAAUGACUGAGAAAAGCU